CCGCGACAGACACUGCUGGUCUCCGUUGGACUGUUCUCUAAUCCAAGUACUCAUCAAGUUGUCCACGACAGCCUGAAAGCUUUUUGUUCCGCUUGGUUUCAUUGCAUCGCUGUUGACAUACAGAAUGUUAUCAUCUGCAUAGAAAAUCACAUUGUGAUGGACGCUGUAACCAUGGAAAUAUCAGAUGCCACAUGGUUGGACCUUUUCAGAAUAAAAACUCUAAACAAAAACAUUAAAUGAGAAGAAAAGACAGCCGUUGUAAAACUGCCCAAAAACUUCCAUGUAUUUUCAGCAGGUUUCACGGGACGCAUUAAAUUCUUCACGUCUGCAGGCUGCGUUCAUCUGACGUUAGAGGUUCUACACAAACAACACACCAGCAGCUUUCACAGUUUUUACUCUUUUAUCAAAUAAUCCUUUUGUAUUAGCUUUUAAUCAGAUUUAUUAUGCAUUUUAGACUUUUAUCACAUGUGAUGAAUAAUUGUUUUUUGCCCCUGAAGUCAAAGCAGAGCUUUAAUUCAUGUACACUCACAGACACGAAGUUUAGACUGAAAAUGAUGACCUUUUAAAAUGUUUGUCCUGUUUCAUCCUCCUAACCUGUCUUCCUUGCUCCUCUUGUUGUAGCUGUGUCCCUGUGCUGAGCUCACCUCCAUCCUGAUGAUCUAUAGUGCUCUCCUCCUGCCUGUUCCUCUCUGACUGAACACCACCCCCACCUCACGCCACUUCACCCGCCCCGUUUCCUCCUCAACAACAUGGAUCUGAAGCGUUUUGGAGGUGACAGCUGCAGGAUUCCUGACACUUAAACACUCUGAACUCUGGCUGCUCAGGACCGUCUUCUCCGAGCCGCCAGCAAGGCCAAACCCUCAGUGACUUCCUGUCCUGUCCCCCUCUGGAGAGCCGGUGUCCACUAUGUCAGAGGGGCUGCUGCAGGUGGAGAUCCCAGACUUUGGCAGCAGUGUGCUGGGCAGCCUGAAUGAGCAGCGGCUGCUGGGUCACUAUUGCGAUGUCUCCAUCCUGGUGCAGGGUCAGGCCUUCAAGGCGCACCGGGCUGUUCUCGCCGCUUCCUCGCUCUACUUCAGAGACCUUUUCAGCUCUGCAGCCGACUCCUCCUCGUCCUCUUCCUCGCCCUCCUCCCAGGCAGUGUUUGAGCUGCCGUCUUCUGUGACACCGACGUGUUUUCAGCAGAUUUUGUCCUUCUGCUACACUGGCCGCCUCAGCAUGGCUGCCAGCGAGCAGCUGGUGCUCAUGUACACUGCUGGCUACCUGCAGAUCCAGAACAUCGUGGAGCGAGGCAUGGAGUUGAUGAUGAUGAAGGGCUCCUCCUCCUCCUCGCCUCUAUGCUGUGACUCACAGACAACCUCAGCAGACGAGCUUGCAGGCUUCGAAGCCCCGAUAGUCCAGCAGCAACAGCAGCAGCAGCAGCACAGCGCCCCCCAGCUGCAGGAGGCCAGUCCAGACCAGCCGUCCCUGAGCCCAGAGGAGCUGCUCCUGGCCGUCAGCAGGAUCAAACAGGAGAGAGCCGACACACCUCCUGCUGAGGAGAACGGAGGAAGAGUCGCAGCAGGAGAAGGAGGAGGAGGAGAGGAGGCCAGAGUGGAUGUUGCUACUGACCUCCAGUCUUCCAGAAGCAGCACUCUGUGUUACCUGGGUGCAGGUGGAGGUCUGGUUCCGGGGUUGCAGUCCUACCUGCUGGCAGGCGGGGGGCGUUCCAGUCCAGGAGGCUCCAGCCUUCCCACAGACUCCCCUCCCUCUCACCCCCCCACUGAGGAGGAACUGGAGGAAGAUUACUAUGGGAACACAGUCCACCCCGGACUCUACCAGCACAUCUAUGGACAUCCUGGAAACCCCUACAUCCAAGACAAGAUGGAGAUGCUCUCCCUCCCGUUGGCUAACGAGCGUCGACCCUGUGUGCUGGUUGGUCGGGACAACAUGGCCCUCCCUGCCAGUCUGAUCAGUCAGAUCGGAUAUCGCUGCCACCCAUCGCUCUACACUGAGGGGGACCCCGGAGAGAAGGUGGAGCUGGUGGCAGGUUCAGGUGUGUUCAUGACUCGAGGUCAGCUGAUGAACUGUCACCUGUGCGCCGGAGUCAAACACAAGGUGCUGCUCAGGAGACUGCUGGCUACGUUCUUCGACCGAAACACUCUGGCCAAUAGCUGUGGGACAGGAAUCCGCUCCUCGACCAAUGAUCCAAGCCGAAAGCCCCUGGACAACCGAGUGUUAAACACUGUCAAACUCUAUUGUCAGAACUUUGCUCCUAACUUUAAGGAGAGCGAGAUGAAUGUCAUCGCGGCCGACAUGUGCACCAACGCCCGCAGGGUUCGCAAACGUUGGCUCCCCAAGAUCCAGUCUCUUCUGCCUGACAGCCUCCCCACCUCUUCCCACCCCCGCAAGGGUAAGAGGGGAGGGGGAGGAUUGGGAGCAGGAAGUCAGGCAGGAGAAGCGGCCGUGCAGCCCAGCAGCAGCCCCUUCGAGCUGGACCUGCGACAGCUCAGCGCCUCCUACCUCGGCCUGGAGGCCCCGCUAUACGCUGAGCGACGCGAGGCGGCGGGUGAGAGGGAGAAGGAGACCUCAGCCGCCCUCCUGCCUCACCUGCAGUUUGCCGCGUCUCGUGGAGGAGGCGGCGGAGCGCAGGCGGAGGAGGUGUUGACGGGAGGCGAUGCAGACGGGGCAGGGAGGCUACAGACUGAACAACCCCCAGAUCUCCCCCUCUCCCUGUCCUCCAACUCCUCUUCCUCCUCCUCCUCUUCACACCCCUCCCCCCAGCCUGCAGAACCCGCCCCUCCUCACAUGGCCGACACAGUUGAGAGGGGGGCGGAGCCUCUGGAAGACAGCCAAUAAGCUUUCUAUUGCAUCUGCCUACCUGUAUGUACAUAACACAAUAGCUACCUGCCCCCCCACCUGUCUGUCUGUUUGUCUGCUCCCCUACCUCACUACCUGUCCACCUGUCUACCUCUCUGUCCCCAGUUCGUCUACCUUUCCGUCUGACCUACCUCUGUCUGUCUGUCUACUCCUCUGCCUGUCUGUCUGCUCGGCUCUGCUGCAUGUUAACAGCCUCCUGCAGUCCAGCACACAGGCCCAUAGCAACAGGACUGAUGAUGGUGAUGAUGAUGAUGAUGAUGAUACUCACUCUGAUAAUGACAAUAAAGCUUCUUGAUAAUCAGA